AUGUGCCAGAGACCUACCAGAAGACACUGGCGUAGAUCCAAGAUGGCGCCCUCCGUGCAUCCGCUCUUGAUAAGCCUUUCCCUGGCCCUUAUCCUGGGACUGACCUCUUUCGGGGGACUGAACUCUUGGCCCUCAGGUCAAGUUGUGGCGCAGGUUCCUACGAACAACCAGACGACAGAGCCCUCUAUGAUACCUGAGGCCGCGCUGGCAACGCCGACACCGGAAGCGGAGGACAAAACGUCUCUGUCGAACGGUGGCCGUUGCUGGGGUUACUACGACGUCAUGGGCCAGUGGGACCCGCCCUUCAACUGUAACGUUGGUGUCUACCUGUCCUGUUGCGGCUCCUGCUUCUACCGCUUCUGCUGCCAGUUCAAAAUCCACAGUUUGGACCAGACUGCCUGUUCCAACUAUGACACGCCGGUCUGGGCGAACACCGGGAAGCCGUCAGAACCCGUCACCGAGGUCCGAGAGGAGCCGGACAGAGAUCAGACCCACAUGAUCGUUUAUAUUAUUUGUGGAGUGGUGGCCAUCAUGGUGUUGGUCGGGAUUUUCACCAAACUCGGGCUGGAGAAGAGUCAAGGAGGACAGACCGACAUGACCAACUCCAGGACUCUGACAGAGCUCAUGAAGCAGCCAGGGGAGGCAGGGAUGGGAAUGGUGGAUGGGACGGGGAUUCAUCAUCCAAUAGGAACCAACGGCAUCUCCGCCAGGGCGCUACGCUCCAACAAUGAUCAUAACCACUUGAACAACGCAGCCUUGUCUCCCCUGGGUCCCGCCAUGGCCUUGUCUCACCCUCACAACAACCUGGGCAUCGGCUUCAACAAGUACACCUCGCUCAAGGCCGUGGACACAGCCUCGAGAGACUACUACAAGAGCUACCCAAUGGUGGACUACACCCACCGCCAGUCCCCUCCCACAUUCCAGCCAAUCAACUUCCACCCCAAGGACAAGCCCUUCCUCCCGCCGCCCGACAUCCACGCGCCGCUGGCCAUCACCAUCAACGCCUCCCAGAUCCCCAAGCCUAAGAUCUCCAAGACCAACACCCACCCGCUCACCUCCAGCUCGGCCUUCAAAGCAUGGGACCCCAGUAAGAGCCACAUGCAGCACCCUGUGGCCUCGCACAUCGGCCUCCAGGGGCAGCAACACCACGCGCUGCAGCAGCACCAGCACCAGUCGCUGCAGCAGCAGAACAGCCGGCGCCUGGCGUACUCCAACAAGAGGCAGUUCAGCAUCGAGACGCUGCCCGAGCUCUUCUCGCAGCCGCUGAGCUACGGCCACUCGCCGCACGUGCAUCCCAAGCACAAGGGACUGCCCACCAACAGCAAGACAGAGGUCACUGUCUGA